AUGUCCAGGGUGGGAGUAACACAAUUGCAGAAACGCCUUGAUGGUCUCAUCGAUUUCCUAAACCCUCACUGGGAUUUUGUCAACUGCCAUAUGGUGAACUUCCUGACGGAUUUUCAUUGGAGUACUUUUAUUCCCGAUGCCUUGAGGAAGGAAAUUGGGUGCAGGGAAGACGUUGAGCUGGCCAUAGAAGAGUUGUUUUGGCAAUCUUGUCGUAGUAAAAGCAAGUUUCCGAAUUGGGAAAGUUUUCUUGCCCAAGGAGAACAGGAGCGCUUGUCCAAUCAUUUGGAAUUGCUGACCACGGUGGACCAACUUAUAGAUGGAGAUGAAAAUCACACUCAACUAAGUAUUCGUGAGUUCAUGAGUGCCAAAAAAUGUCAUGAGGUUGAGCUUACGGCGGCUCUAAUAGAUCAUCUUGUUAAAAAUUGCAAUCAGGGAUGUUACAUUGUUGAUGCGGGCGACGGUAAGGGCUACUUGUCAUCCCGCUUGGCGCUCCAGUACGGUCACCACGUCCUCGGCAUCGAUGCCAAUGCUGCAAACACGGAGAACGCUCUAAGCCGAAAUCGUAAAUUACAGCGCGCUUGGAAUGGCUUGACUGAACGCGCCGAGCUCCAAAGUCAGGGCAUCACGCCGAAGAGGCGUGGUAAGAAAUCACCUAUCAGAGAUUCUUCUAAACCUGUACCAGCUUUGGAAAACUACAAAACCACGGCUAGAUUUAUAACCACCGAAAUCAAUUUUGGGGAUUUGUUGGAGCAACACUUUUCAAAGAAAGGAACUAGUGAAAUUUGUCUAACUGGUCUUCAUACCUGUGGAAAUCUGGCUUCCACUUGCCUGCAAGUUUUCCACGCCCAAUCGGAUUGCCGGAUCCUAUGCAACAUAGGUUGUUGCUAUCAUUUGCUACGGGAGCGCUAUUCAACGAAUGAAUUUUUUGGAAAUAAGGCUUUAAUGGACAUGCAAACUGAUUUCGGUUUUCCACUGAGUCAGUAUCUGCAGCAGAAAAAGGUUCGCCUUGGACGAAAUGCCAGGAUGCUGGCCGCUCAGUCUAUAGAAAGAACCUUGGAUGCCAAGGAGUUGCCGAAUAUGACGCUAUAUUAUCGUUCCCUGCUAGAGAUUUUAGUUUGCCGGCAUGCUCCGCACCUGAAAAACGAACUUCAGGUGGGUAAAGUGCGAAAAUUUGAGGAUUUUAAGGAAUAUGUUGAAAAAUGUGCCUCAAAAUUAGACGCGCCUUGGUUAGCCGCCAUCGGGGAUACCGAGUUAGAAUUGAUAUUGCAAGAAUACGCAAUGGAAAAGCAUUAUUUGGACCUUUUCUACCUCGUACGCAUGUCGUUUGCUCCGGUUCUAGAGAGUUUGAUACUUUUGGACCGCCUGUUGUACCUGAAGGAAUUGGGAUAUCAACGUAGCUAUCUGAUUGACUUAUUUAAUCCUGUAAUAUCGCCCAGACAUUUUGCAAUCGUUGCUCUUAAGCCUUCGAUGUAAGCAACUUGACGUUUAUUAU